AUCAGCAGUCCGAAGCGGCGCCCGCAGCAGGACUCGCAGCGCCGCGAGAGGCCUCCCUCCCUGCCUCCUUCCUUCCCCGCAGCCCGGCCUGGCGAGGAGGCGAUGGGGAAGGUGCAGCUUUUCGAGAUUCGCUUGGGCGACAGCCGCGUCGUGUACAGCCCCGGAGAGCCCCUGACGGGCACCGUCACCGUCCGCUUAAGUGGAGCUCUCCAGUUCCGGGCCAUCAAGGUGGUCUGUGUGGGCUCCUGCGGGGUGUCAAGCAAGAUCAAUGACACGGCGUGGACAGUGGAGGAGCAGUACUUCAACAGCACCCUGUCCCUGGCAGAUAAAGGGUUCCUGACCGCUGGCGAGCACACCUUUCCCUUCCAGUUUCUGCUGCCAGCUUCAGCACCCACGUCCUUCGAAGGGCCCUUUGGGAAGGUCACCCACCAGGUCAAAGCUGUGAUAGAGACCCCGAGAUUCUCCAAGGACCACAAGUGCAACAAGAUCUUCUACGUCCUUUGCCCACUGAACCUGAAUGAUAUCCCUGAAAUUGAGCAGCCGAACAUCGCAUCGGUCACCAAGAAGUUCAACUACAAGUUCGUGAAAUCUGGCAACGUGAUCGUGACGGCGACUACGGACCUCAAGGGCUACGUGGUGGGGCAGGUCGUCCAUCUGCGGACAGAGAUCGAGAAUAAAUCCGGCCGCGACACGAGCACCAUUGUGGCCAGCCUGAUCCAGAAAGUUGCCUAUAAAUCCAAACGGUGGAUUUAUGACCUGAGGACCAUUGCGGAGGUGGAAGGCUCACCCGUGAAGGCGUGGAAACAUGCUGAGUGGAAGGAGCAGAUCCUUAUCCCAGCGCUCCCGCAGUCCAUUCUGCAAGGCUGUAGUCUCAUUCACAUUGAUUACUACAUCCAGGUUUCCCUGAAGUCUCCAGAAGUUUCCGUCGCUCUCCCCAUUUACAUCGGCAACAUCCCUGUGAACAGAAUUCCUUUGAGCCCAUCCCGGUCGGCCUCCUAUAUUGUCUCACCAGUGGUUCCCAGCGCCCCCCCGGAAGACAACGAGGCUGCCAGUGGCUACCACCCCAUGGACAACGUUUCAAUUCCCACCAAAAGCCAUUCUCAGCAGCAGCCCUUCAGCUACGCUCCAGGCUUAAGCUUCCAGGACGCAAGGCAGGCCUCCGAGCAGACAGGCUCCCCCAACCAUCCCACGCUUUGCCUGUCGACAGGGGCGACUGUCCCGUAUUUUGCCGAGGGCACAGUAGUCCCGGUCCCCACAGCCAGUUCCCUCAUCUUGCCUCCAGAGUACAGCUCCUGGGGAUAUCCUUACGAGGCACCCCCUUCCUACGAACAAAGUUGCAGCAGUGCUAACUCCAGUCUGAGCAAUGGCAAUUAGACUCUGGCUUAGGAUCCGUCCGGCUUAGCACCGGGUGGGAGAGGACAGCGCUCAAGCAUUGCCCAGCGGUGCUGUUUCUGCUGAGACUCCGGGCUGCCGCCUGCCUGCCCCGUGGAGAAUGCCUUGCGUGACGACCUCUGUCCUCGUACUGUGCAGUUAACCAUCCGACAUUGCUGCUUUACUAUCUGAGCACCUGUGAUGCCUUACCUGAAAUGCUACCACUUUGUCUUGUAUGAAUGGCGUGUGGAUCGUGUGUGUAUGUGUAUAUAUAUGUGUGUGUGUGUGAAUUUUUGAGUGCCACUCUUAUCUGCUGUGUGCAAACUGGAAUGCAUAUGGCGAGAUAUGGGUUUUUUUUAAAGAAUACUUUUAAAAUGUUUUUGUAAUCUCCCUUUCCCCCUGCAUGUCCCAUCGAAACAGCCAAGUUUGCCCUAAAAUGGUAGGUCGUUCUAAUGGGAGCAGCAGCAGUAGUUCAGCAAGGGAUACCGCCAAUUCCGAUUCCCACGGCAUGGAGCCAGGGCGGGUUUUUUCCUGCAGGGAGGUGAAAAAAUAUGGAAUUGACAAGGGCGUUGCCUGAAUAUUGUUUAAGUUGCACGACAGUCUGCCACAGAGUUUGCAGCUGUGCAAUCCUUCUCUGAAAGAUCCAAGAUGGGGAGUGUAUUUUGCCCCUCCGAGGGAGCUGACGGUUCAGCAUUUUAGGAACAUAGAUAUUAACCUUUUUUAUAGCACUGAGACGGCAUGGUCUCUUUCUCCGUGCUCAUGGCUGCUUGUGGUGGGGUGGCCCAGGUCAGCUUCAAAAUGCCUCUCUGGGCUUUCCUUCUAAGUGCCUGGAGAAACCGCUCUUUACUGCCUCUCCCACCAAAACCACUGCAGCUUCAAACAGGCUGAGAACUGUCGACAAUCAAGGUUUUGUCCUCACUCUACCUCUGACUUCUCUCCCGAGGAGUAAACGAAGUGGGAGGAGACUUUAUUUUGAAACAAAGAGGGAAAGCAUCCUUUUGUAAAAUAGACAUCCUUAUUUCCUCUUGCACCGAGAUGCAUGCACUCCAUUAGAUCUAAAAAGACCCCAGAUACACUCUGUAUUGGUGUGCAGUGCCCUCUCUGUGCUGAACGCUCCUGCUGUUUACAUCCCUGGUGAUUUCUGGCUGAGAGGGAAUGGCUGGCUAGUUCCUUUUCCAAGUGGCUACUGCUCUGGCCACAUCUCAGAACAGCACCUUUCAAAGCGAGCUGGCAUGUUCCAGAGUCAAGCCCGCAUCCUGGGGCCCAUAGUCAAUUUCAAGGCUUGCUUCUGAUCUUAGCUGGCUGGCUUAAGCACUGCCUGUUCUGGUCAGAAGCUGUUCUAGCGAUGCUGUUGGCCUGAUUUUUGUAUCUGGAACUCCAGGCAUGGCAUUCGGCCUUCAACAAACAGCUUGUGUGUAUGUGCGGGAGGGAUAAAACUGGAUUGGUGCCACAGUGCUGGGCAAGUGGAUUAACUCGUCUUCCGAAUCGCACACACACACGUUCAGUUUUGUUGAUUGCCUUGAUGCCCUGAUAUAGGGAAGCAAUGGACAGGUACCCCUGACAGCUUUCUAGGGGCAAGCGUAAGAUUUCUGAUCAUAGGGCCUCCAGUAUGGUGAGGUUUGGCCCUGAGAAUGAAAGCCUUUUUUUGGCUUGUUGGUCUCCUGAAGUCAGCCCCCUCCUCCUCUUCCACUUUGCCAACACAGACACAAAUUCUGACGCUUUUUGUGCACCGACUGUUUAUAAAGAUGACUGAUUCUCUCUCCUCCUCCUCUUUUUUUUCCGGUCUGUGUGUCUUUUUUGGAUCAACUUGUUUUAAUGUUGAAAUUUCAAACACAAAUUUUAAUGUAUUUAAUAAAUUAUUCUGAGAGAA